AUGUGGUUGACUCUAAUUUCGCUGGCCGUUUCUGUUUGUGUUAUCUUUCUUGCUUACAAAUACCUAGGUAAAAAGCCUGCUGACCUGUCAAAUGACGUUAUUCUUAUAACGGGUGCUGCAAAUGGAAUUGGUAGGCUCUUAACCAUACUGCUAUCAGAAUACUGCCACACGGUUAUUGCUCUGGAUAAAGACAUCAUUGGCUUGAAGGAAACUGCUUUGCGCGUCUCAGAGCGGUAUAAUUCUGAUCUGAUAUUCUACGAAUGUGAUGUAAGCGAUCGUAAUGCUAUUAAAAUGUGCGCAGAGUACAUUCGUAGAGUUCAUGGGCGAGUUACAGUACUUAUCAAUAAUGCUGCCGUUGUAAAUGGUAACUUUCUUAUUGAUCUUCCAUCGGCGAGAUUUGAAAAAUUGGUUCAAGUAAACUUUGUCGCCCCAUUUUAUUUUCUGAAGGAAUUUUUACCUGGGAUGCUUGGUAGCACCUACAAGACUGCCAUGGAACACAUCCCACAACAACUGCGCGUUAUUCCAACAAAGAGCAAUGUGAAGAGAUGCUUUGAUGAGCCACCCAGGGGGCAUCUGGUGUUCUUGUCCUCCCUCGCAAGUCAGACCAUCUGUUCGGGCCUGGGCGAUUAUUGUGGAUCUAAGGCAGGCCUAUCAUCUUUGGCAGAGACUUUACGUCUUGAAAUGGAAGUCUUGGGAAUGAGUGAAAGUAUUGCAGUUACUGAAAUACGACCUUUCGCCAUCGAUACGGGCCUCUUUGAAGGCUUCAACUCUAAGUUACCCAUCCUACCCAUUCUGGAACCUGAGAAAGUUGCCAAGCGUAUUAUUCAGGCGAUUCGCUAUCGGGAGAGGACUGUUUACAUCCCAUGGAUAAUUUGGUUCGUUCCGCUUUUGCAACGAAUCCUUCCCUUCUCUAUUCUGAUUAUCUUAUAUAAAAUCAGCGGUGCAUUUGAUGGAAUGAAUACCUUCAAACGAGCGAAUAAGAACCGCGACUGA